GCCCAAAAUCGCUCCCAGACCUCCAGUCCACCCAAGCUCCCCUUGCUCGGCGUCUCUGCCCCUUUGCGACGGUCGACGACAGCCUGAGUCUUUCUCUCUGUCGACUCUCUGUGUCGACUCUCUGUGCUGCGAGCAAGCAAGGCUGCAAGGGACUCCUCAAUCGAUUUGUAUGUAACUCUAAAAAUUCGAAGAAGAAAGCUGCUUCAGAACUCCAUCGUGGCAGCGACGACUCCCAUUGACAGCAGCAGGCAUAGGCAAUUAAUAUCUAGCGGCGAGUUUAUUUUCACUUCCAUAUUCACCCUGAAUCGACAAUAAAAAGGAGAGAGAAGAUGACAAUCAAGCCCUCAAAAUGUCAAAACCUUGUAAUUCCUUUGAACAAUCUUCGCACCAACCUAUUCCUCCACCACCGGUGUCUCUUACACAACGGCCCAGACACUGUAGAGGAAUUACUGGAGAGACACAUAGUAAAAAAGGAGAAAAGCUUGGAUGACGAUGGAAACGAGAUCCUGACUCGGCAACGACUCACUAGCACUCGUCGCGAGGCACUGAGUUUGUAUAGAGCCAUCAUUCGGGGAACCCGGUUCUUCAUGUGGCCCGAUUCGCGAGGCGUGUUGUGGCGUGACGUUCUAAGAGAGAAUGCAAGGAAGGAGUUCGAGUUGGCCCGAUUUGAAAAAGAUCCGGAAAUGAUUACCCGUUUGCUUAUUGGAGGACAUGACGCCGUGGAAGCAGCGCUUGACAAGCUUGUGGAGAAACAGAAGAACCAGAUUGAGAAGGAACGAGGUGAUCAUGAUCGUCGCUGAUUUCUGGCUCAAGGCUGAUAGGGCUCACGGACACUAUGCAUCUGUUUGCUUGCAAGGAAGGAGAAGAAAGUAGAAAUUGUGAAAUCUUGUGUUUCUUCUAGGAUUCUAGUAAGUAAUUGUCUUUGACUUGAGUAUGAUGUCUCUUAAUUGUAUAGUUUCUUAAAAAACUAAAAAAGUGUAAGGAUUAUACCUGUGAAGAGGAGUUCAAUAGCAAGCAAACAAGUGGGUUUGAUGGACCUUAUUUUUUAUUAAAAUAUGUGGGGUUCAUUUGCAUUUUUGGUGAUUUAUUAUUAAAU